AUGUUGACAUCCGUUUUAGAGAAGAGUAAAAUUGGUAUGGAGUGGUGUAAGGAGCAUUCGGUGGUGGUGGAGGGAGUAACUGCCUUUUGCAUACUUCAUCCAUUCAAACAAAACGGUUCCGUACCCGCGUCGAAGAGAAACGGAACGAGUAACAACAACCAUCACAUUCUCUCCAUUCUGUACAUUUUCCCGCACCACGGGUUUUUCUUCGCCGCCAAGAUAUCUCUCGCUUUCGUUCUCGUAGAUUUGAGUUCUCUGCGAAAUCCUCCAUGUCACGGCUUAUCCGACGACGCCGCGUCGCAGCAACAAAGUGACAGUACCAAACAGAGCUCCCCUCGGGACGGUGCCGAAUUUGUAUUCACGAAGGACAAUGUCGCAAUUCAUCCGACUCAGUCUGCGUCUGAAAGAAUCACUGGAAGACUGGAAUUGACUAAGCAAAGCUCGUCUUUAUUUAUGACUUGGAUACCUUACAAAGGGCAUAGCUCAGCAGAGGCCAGGCUGUCUGAUAAUGAAAGAAGCAUUUAUACCAUAAGGGCUGUGCCCUUCGCUGAUAUCAGGUCCAUCCGGAGGCAUACCCCUGCUCUUGGGUGGCAAUACAUCGUUGUUGUUCUAUCAUCAGGACUUGCUUUUCUUCCAUUCUAUUUAUAUAGUGGAGGAGUCAAAGAAUUAUUUGCUACAAUAAAGCAGCAUGUUCUUCUUUUGAGAUCUGAAGAAGAUGUCAACGUAUACAUUGUAAAUGAUGAUAUUCAGAAUAAACUGCAGAAGACUUAAUCUUCCUUGGAGCUGCCCAGAACUGUUCCCUUGCAUGUGGAAUUCAAAUAAGUCGGGUGUUGAAUCCAUUUUGAACGAGAGCCAAGAAAGGGCUAAUAAUGAUGUCAAUAAUGGAAGUUUUAAUGUUACUCAGAGAUCGUAAACUUAUUUGCACUCCUGAUUGCUUACAAUGAAGAUUAUUUGAAUUC